UAUACAUCAUAAGAGCUCACUCAAACAUCAUCGAUUUCUCAAUUCCUCUCUCUCAUCUGACAGGAAGAUUAUCUCCAACACAAUGCCGAGCCUUACUCAAACUAAAGACCUUGCCUCCUUGCUCUCAGAUGCUUCCCAUUUCAAGCAGAAGGGGUACAUCAAUGGCGAAUGGGUAUCUGCUUCUGAUGGGGCUACUUUUCCCUUGUAUAACCCUGCGACUGGCGCCAAACUUGCCGACAUGCCUCAUAUGCCACGCUCUCAGGUCGCCGAGGCUAUCAAUGCCGCCAAAGCUGCUUUUCCAGCGUGGGCCGCUCUCACCGCUUACCAAAGACAGAACUACUUGUUAAAGCUGUUCAAGGAGAUGGAGGAGCACAGCGAGGAUCUGGCUAUCAUUCUUUGUACGGAGAACGGAAAGCCUUUGGCCGAGAGUCGAGUAGAGAUUUCUUAUGGAGCUUCCUUCUUGACUUGGAAUGCCGCUGAAGCACUGAGAACCUACGGCCAGACCAUCCCCAGUCCUUUCCCUGGGACACGCAACACUGUUAUCAAGCAACCGAUCGGCGUCUGUGGCUUGAUCACCCCCUGGAAUUUCCCCAAUGCCAUGAUCACCCGUAAAAUGGCUCCUGCUCUCGCUGCAGGCUGUACCGUCGUCAUCAAAGCUCCCGCCGAGACUCCCUUAUCCGCUCUCGCCAUGUGUGUCCUUUGCGAGCGUGUUGGUAUCCCCCCUGGUGUCGUUAACGUUGUGACCAUGGACAAAGGGCAGAGAGAAAUGGCUGCGGGUCUUGAGCUCUGUGAGAACGUCAAGGUCUCCAAAAUUUCAUUUACCGGAUCAACUCCUGUUGGUCGACUCCUCAUGAAGCAAAGUAGCGGAACGCUCAAGAAGCUGUCGUUUGAAUUGGGGGGAAACGCAGCGUUCAUCAUAUUUGACGAUGCCGAUCUCGACUUGGCAGUCAAUGGCGUCAUUUUAUCCAAGUUCCGUGCCGCUGGGCAGACAUGUAUCUGCGCUAACCGUAUAUUUGUCCAUUCCAAGAUUUACGAUGACUUUGCCAGACGAUUGGUCGAGCGAGUCAAAGCGUUCAAAGUCGGCAACGGUAUCGAGGAAGGUGUUACUAUUGGUCCCCUUGUCUCACAACGAGGUGUGGAAAAAGUCGAGCGACAUGUGCAAGACGCAGUCGGUCUUGGAGCAAAGGUUCUUGUUGGAGGCAAGCGAAUCGAUAAGGGCGAAGGGUCAUGCUUCUACGAACCCACAGUCCUCGUUGAUGUACCUCGACAAUGUGCCGUCUCAAACGAAGAAACUUUCGGCCCCCUUGCACCUCUAUUCAAGUUUGACGAUGAGGACGAUGUUGUCGAGAGAGCCAACAGCAGUGAGGUCGGCCUUGCCGCGUACUUCUUCACCAAGGACCUUGCUAGGACACACCGAGUUGCAGAGAAGUUGGAGGUCGGGAUGGUUGCUGUCAACACUGGUGCUAUCGCGCAAUCAUGUGUACCCUUCGGUGGCGUGAAGCAAAGUGGGUUUGGAAGGGAAGGCGGCCCUUCUGGCAUUGACGAGUUCAUGGUGGAGAAGCUCAUCACCAUCGGAGGUCUGUAGUUUUGGGUUCUUAUUAUAUAUGCAUUAUGCCAAAGUAUUCUGGGCUUACCACAU